AUGACUUCCAACAAGCCAGCAAUAGUCAUCAUUCCUGGAGCUUUCAGUACCCCGGAGAGCUACGCCAAACUCACCGUUGCUCUCCAGUUACAUGGGUACGAGGUUCAUGUCCCACGUCUUGUCACGACCAACGAAUCUCGUCCACCAAACGGGUAUCUAGAGGAUGACACAUCUCUGAUUCGCAGUCACGUCGACAGCCUUGUUUCUUCGGGACGUAGGGUUGUAGGAAUUGCCCAUUCGUAUGGGGGCCAGGUCAUGUCGAACGCUUUGUAUGGACUUGGUCUUGAGGCUCGUUCUUCUCAAGGCCUUGAGGGUGGCGUUUCCGCCUUAGUUUAUAUGGCUGGAUUUGCUCUCACUGAAGGAAUUUCUAUCUUUGAUAAGCUAAAGGAGUUCGGUAGGCUGGAAGAUGAGGUGCCUCUAAUUUUUGACGUGGCCGAGGAUCAGACUAUGGCCCUCCUCGAUCCCAUCGCAUUCUUGGGGCUCAGAGAGCCUGGAACCAAAGAGUCUGAGAUCGAAGCAUAUGUCCAGACUCUACGUCGCUGGAAUGGAAAGGCGAUGAUGCAGCCUCUGGAGAGAGCGGCUUGGAAGGAGAUCCCGGUUGCUUAUAUCCACACCACGAUGGAUAUGCCGGUCCCUCUCGAGACGCAGCAGAGCAUGGUCCGGGCUCUUGAGAUGGCAGGCCGCAAGGUCCAGACCUUCACACUCGAGACUGGUCACUGCCCCCAUUUCACAGCGACCGAGAGCGUUGUUGACACUGUCAACAAGGUUGUUUCGUCUGAAUUUGCUUAA